UGCUGUUCUACUUCCUGUUUUGUUUUCUUUUGGUCCACAUCUGCUUGGCUCGACAGAAAUGGAAGAAGCAGCGAGACAAAAACACAACCACAGCCUACAAUUGAAAAUAUCACGUCUUUAUAAACUAGACAGAACCUUUUAGACCCGACAGCAGAAGCAACGAGCCUUCCUCUGGUCCCAGUGCGUGAAACAUGGCACUCAGCUCGGGUAGCUGGGCUCUCCCUGCUCCGGUUCCUGCCUCAUCCCAGCAGCCUGCUUGCAGCGGCCCCGCUCCGGCAGCAUGCUGCAGCACUGUCCUGAUGUCUGUCCGCGUUUCGGUGUCCCACUCCGGGAUCAGACCGCUGUGCCUACCUGGAGCGGGAAGCGACUCUCUGCGGCUGCAGCUCAGCAUGGACCCCAACAUAGCCGGAGAGUUCCGGCUGGCACUGCGAGAUACCAGCGGAAAUCGCAGUGUGUUCAUUGCAGAGUUUGACUUGCGCUCGGUUCAGUAUGAGGUCAAAUCCUCCCGCUGCCAUGAGAUGCGACUUGCUGCUGCGCCCCUCGACUGCAUCCGUUUCAACUUCCGCUGCGACCGCGAGGCUGAAGCUUGGUCCACUGUGGUGCUGUCAUCGCUGAGAGAGGCGCACAGAGUGGCAAAUAUAAACGCCUGUGAAUCUGAUGGCAAACACAUAUCUGAAGCAGCCCCAGAUCAGAGGACCUCCACCUCUCUGCUGCUCAUUGAGGAGCUGUGUUCGGAGCUCUCCAAGGCGAUCGAGGCAGGGGACAUUCAGGCCGCCUCCCAGCACGCAUCCGCUCUGGCUCGGCAGAAAGCGGUGCUGACGAUACAGCCGUCCCCGAAAAACUACACCGAUGGAGAAAUAAGUUUAUCUGUGGUGGUGGAGGAUGCCUCUUCUUCUUGUUGUGUCACAGUGAUCGUUUUUCCAUACAUGUCCGUGGCCACGCUUAAACAACAGGUCUUCCUGGAGUACGGCUUCCAUCCGCGCGUGCAGCGCUGGGUGAUCGGUCAGUGCCUGUGUGCCGAUCCCAGGUCACUGGCUUCAUACGGAGUUCAGAAAGAUGGCGACACCGCGUACCUUUACCUGAUCUCUGCUAGACAAGCUCGGGUUACACGGCAGCUGUUCCAGCAGGACCUGGACAACUCCCUGCUAGCUUCACCGCUGCCCCUUGGAAGCAGCCUCACCUCCCAGGUCUGGAGGGGUUACAGCACUCUGCCAUCAAAGCUUCCCCACAACAACCAGGAAACAGGCGGAGGGAAUAAUAAAGCAAGUGACAUCAAAGAUGUCCUUGAUUUUGAGAAGCUGCACCUGAACGACCGCCCCAACAAAGCCAACAAGACGCAGCAGACAGACUGGGCUUGUCCAUCAUGCACUUUCAUCAACAAGCCGUCUCGCCCGGGCUGCGAGAUCUGCGCCACUGCCAGGCCCGACCUGCAGACCUGCAUCCAGCAGGAGAAAGGCAGGAGAGAGGAUCGCAGGGAGCCUGGUGUAAGCAGCAGCUGACUGCCCCUCACCGCCGUCUGGAUCAUGCUUCUCGCUCACUCCCACACUCACCCCCCAAAAGUGAGCCGUUUAGAUCUGAAAUACAGCUGUUGGCAAAUUACUCACAGAAACAGAGUAAAGUGCACUGAUUACCAUCUGACAGAUACAAAUGUGCCGCUCGAACUGCGGAAAGAGUGCUUGGUCUGUUUAUACAUAGACAUCAUGACAUGGCAUCUCAUUUGGUUAGACCUUUUUCUUAUUUAUUUUAGAGUGGGUGUAUAUAUGUGUUUGUGCGUGUAACACAAACAGCCUGAUAUUUAUUUUAGCAGGGAAAUGGAGCGAGGUAAUUUCCUUCCUUAUGUCCGAUUGCAGCCAAAGACGAGGGGAGGUCACUCGCAGCGUCCAGUUGCUGUGAUAAGGAGAGGGAGGCGAUGCCUUUGAUGUCUGUUAAUCAGUCAUCUGCAGCAGUGGUGCCAAAACAUUAUAAGAAAUAAGAGGGAAAAAAAAGCAUGGGUUGUGUACAGGAUUGUAUUUAGUGUAAUAUUUUUACCAAAAUGCAUUAAAUAUGUGUUGUAUAUUUCAAAGUGUAGUUUAAUUGUACCUGAUUUCCUCUGAGCUGUGAAAGCGAAGAAGGAUCCACUUUCACUGCAUAAUCUAUAUAAAAGAAGGAAUCUG